GGGGGCGGUCCAUCCCCCCCAACACUCGGAAGAGGGGUUUCGUAUGCUUCUGCUGCGGUGCGACGGCGAUUGCGGUAGCUUGACGAGGCGACUGACGCAGCAGAGACAGAUGGAAGACGGAGACGACGAUACGGUCUGCUUAGGCGAAUCCUCGUUCUUCUUCGUCAAUCGCGACUAUGAGCUCACCACCUUCACGUUUGGGUCUCAUUCUCUCGAGCUCCUCUGUCUUCGCUCUGCUUCCACCGACUUUGAUCUUACAGGGCAAUUAGUAUGGCCUGGUGCAGUGUUGCUGAACAAUUACCUUUCAGAUAAUGCUGGUAUACUUAAAGGAUGUUCAGUUAUAGAGUUAGGCUCUGGAGUUGGUGUUACAGGUAUUUUAUGUAGUAGAUUCUGCCAUGAGGUUGUACUAACUGAUCACAAUGAGGAAGUUCUUGAGAUAAUGAGGAAAAAUAUAGAACUCCACUCAACUUCAGACACCCCAACAUCUGCUGUGUUAAGAGCUGAGAAACUAGAAUGGGGAAAUAGUGAUCAUUUGAGCAAAAUUUUAGAGGAGUACCCUACAGGAUUUGAUCUUGUUCUUGGAGCUGAUAUCUAUAUCCUAUAUUUUUUGCAACCUUUUCUUUUGUUAUUAAGCUGUCAUGCUUUUUCUUUCCUUGACAUUUUCUAAGCUUUCAGCAGUCCAGCAUCCCUUUUCUUUUCAGUACUGUAGAGAAGCUUCUGCGUCACAGGGGUGGCGAGUGCAAAUUUAUACUGGCUUAUGUGUCUCGUGCUAAGUUGAUGGACGCUAUGGUUGUCAAUGAAGCUAUCCGUCAUGGGUUGCAGAUCGACGAAGUGGAUGGGACGAGAUCAGUUGUUGCCAACCUUAAAGGAGUCAUAUUUGAGAUAACCCUGAAGCGAGAUUAAGAUUAUGUUAACAAGUGCAUCUUCUUUGUCUACUUAAGAACAAAAAUAUGGUCAAAUUAUGGCAGCACUAUGUUUCUUUUAAGAAUCCACUACGAAAGUUAUUGUCAAUCUCAAAGGAGUCAUAUUUUAGAUAACCCAGUGAGAUUUUUGUUAACAAAUGUAUCUUCUUUUUCUAUUCAGAAUAAAAAAGAUAUUUAAAUUAUGACA